GUCUCCCACAGUGAACUUGGCACUUACCACUCUGCAGCCCCCUCUGAAGCCCACUGGGAGGUCUGAGGCAACCUUUGAAGGCCUCUAGAGUGAAGUUGGUCAGCAGCGGCUGAGCGAGAUGAAGACAUGUGCCAUAUUUCUGGUAGCUCUGCUGCUCCCCAACAUCCAAGCAGUGUGUCCAGAUAAAGAGCCAGGCCUGCAGCCAUGGAUGCCAGGACACAGUUUAGACCACAGGGUCACAAUUGGCUACGGCAGGAAGGUCCUCCUCACUACUUCAGCCACGGUCCACUCCAUUGAGAUUCUCAACGGGGGAAAGUUGGUGAUUGCUGACACCAACCGGCCCAUAUUGCUUCGAACAAAACACAUUCUGAUUGGGAGCAAGGGGGAGCUACACAUUGGGAGCCCAGACUGUCCUUAUAGAGGCAAUCUCACCAUCUCCCUAUUUGGAAGAUUGGAUGACAGUGAUCAGGAACACAGCUACUUUGGGAGGAAGUACCUUGGUGUGGGUACAGGUGGGACACUAGAGAUCCAUGGAAAAAAUAAACUGUCAUGGACGUUCCUGAACAAAACCCUCCACCCCGGAGAGAGCAACCAAAACAACUACCUGUUUCAGAGAAGCUGGGGCAACCGAGGCAUCAUUAUCCACGUCAUCGAUCCCAAGACCGGAGACGUGCUACACGAUGACAGGUUUGACACAUACCGCAGUAAGGAUGAGAGUCGUCGCCUUGCGAAGUAUGUGGACGGUGUGGGAGUGGGUCUCAUACUGGCCGUGGUGGUCAAUGACGAGGGUUCCAACAACUUGGAGGAAUCUGCCAAGAAGAGCCUCUCCAAAUUGGGCAGUCAGCAAAUCAGCAGUCUGGGAUUUCGACAUCCCUGGACUUUUAUAGUGACUAAAGGUGACACUUCUUCAGUAAUGGAGGAUCACGCUGUCUAUCAAGGGACCAAGGCCUCCUCAGAGGCCCGGAGCUCACGUGUCUUUCAGUCCACUUAUGGAGAACAUUUCACCAUCACCACCUGCAGCCAGUGGGUGCAAGAGGCAGAGUGGACGGAAUGGUUUGACAGGGAUGAUGAGAGGGGAUCUGGAGACUGGGAGAAACUGUCUGACCUGCACGAGGCCUAUCCAGAGCGACUGUGUGGCAGUCCCAUGGAUAUACAGGCUGAAACCCAUGAUGGUAUACCAUCCAACCAGACAGGAGAUGUGAUCCACAAGAAGGACAAGGACUACGGCUUUGUCUGCCUCAACAAGGACCAGGCUCAUGGCCUCUGUCGCAACUACAGGGUCCGCUUCCUCUGUGGGAAACUGGUUCGUCCACAGGCCUCCAUAUCCAUCGACAUGUUGUCUAACAGCAGCAUCCUGGAGCUUGCUGAACAACCAGAGGGCUGGGGCUUAGGGGAUCGAGUGGUGGUGGCCAGUACUGAUUACUCCAUGCACCAGUCUGAAGAGUUCACUCUGUUGCCCUGCCCGACUUGCACAUCCAACCAGGUCAAGGUCCAAGGUAAGGCUCAGUUCAUCCACAUGGGUGAGGAGGUGGACGGUGUGGAUGUGAGGGCAGAAGUUGGCCUGCUGAGUCGUAACAUCCUGGUCCGUGGGGAGAUGGAGCCUGGCUGCUACGGCAAUGAGGCUUGCAAAUUCUUCGACUUUGACACUUUCGGUGGUCAUUUGAAGGUGGAGCGAGGCUUCAGGGCAGUUCAUAUAUCUGGGAUGGAGCUGCAGCACAUGGGCCAGCAGACAAUGGGACACUACCCUGUUCAUUUCCAUAUGAAUGGAGACGUGGAUGAGAAGGGAGGCUACAACCCCCCCACAUCCGUCAGAGAUCUGUCCAUCCACCACUCCUUUUCUCGCUGCUUAACCAUCCAUGGUUCCAAUGGGCUACUGGUAAAGGAUGUGGUGGGCUAUGACACACUAGGCCACUGUUUUUUCAUGGAGGAUGGUCCAGAGGAGAGGAACACGUUUGACCACUGUCUGGGUCUGAUGGUUCGAGCAGGGACGCUGCUGCCUUCAGACAGAGACAGCAAAAUGUGCCGUGACAUCACUGACGGAGCGUACCCAGGAUAUGUGGCCAACCCUCGCCAAGACUGCAGCGCGACUUCAACUUUCUGGAUCACCAACCCCAAUAACAACCUCAUCAACUGUGCUGCUGCAGGCUCAGAGGAGACAGGCUUCUGGUACAUCUUCCACCAUGUGCCCACCGGCCCCUCAGAGGGGCUGUACUCCCCUGGACACACAGAACACACUCCUAUGGGCCAGUUCAUCAACAACAGAGCACAUUCCAACCACAGGGCUGGAAUGAUCCUCGAUAAUGGAGUAAAGACCACCCAGGCGAAUGACAAGGACAAGAGACCCUUCCUCUCUCUGAUUGGAGCCAGGUACGGCCCCCACCAGGGUGCUGACCCCUUCAAACCCAGAGUCCCCGCUCUCAUCCACCACUUUGUGGCCUAUAAGAACCAGGACCACGGAGCCUGGCUGAGGGGAGGAGAUGUGUGGCUGGAUGACUGCCAAUUUGCUGAUAAUGGUAUAGGCCUCACUCUGGCAAGUGGAGGGACGUUUCCAGAUGAUGAUGGCUCUUGCCAGCAGGUGAAGAACUCACUGUUUGUGGGUGAAAGUGACAACCGUGGGAUGCACCUCCCUGACAACCAGAUCUGGGGCCCCGGGGGCUCUGAUCCCACUGGCAGGACCUUGCCACGGGGCGUUGAUUUUCCAAUCCGGGGCAUGCAGAUUUAUGACGGACCCAUCAACGUACAGAACUGCACAUUUCGGAAGUACACAGCUCUGUCCGGACGGCACACCAGUGCCUUUGGCUUCAGGCUCAACAAUUCGUGGCAGAGCUGCCCCAACAAUAAUGUCACUGACAUCACUUUUGACCACGUACCUAUCACGUCUCGGGUGUUUUUUGGGGAACCGGGUCCCUGGUUUAAUAAGAUGCAGAUGGACGGGGACAAGACAACAGUGUUCCAUGAUAUUGAUGGCUCAGUCAGCGAGUAUCCCGGAGCCUUCCUGGUUAAAGAGGAUAAUUGGCUGCUCCGUCACCCUGACUGCAUCGACGUGCCUGACUGGAAGGCUGCGAUCUGCAGUGGUCAUUAUGCACAGAUCUAUGUGCAGACACGUAACCCUGCCAACCUAAACAUGUACAUGGUGAGGGAUGAGUAUCCUGAUCGGCCCCUGAUGCUAGAGGGCGCCCUGGGGAAGAGAAAACACUACCAGCAGUUCCAGCCUGUGAUCACACUGGCCAAAGGCUAUACUAUACACUGGGACCAGGCGGCGCCUGCUGAGGUCACGAUCUGGCUCAUCAACUUCAACAAAAAUGACUGGAUUAAUGUUGGCCUCUGCUACCCAAAAAGCACCAACUUCACCAUCAUAUCCGAUAUCCACAACCGCCUGACCAAACAGACCCGCAAGACUGGCGUCUUUGUGAGGACGAAGCAGACAGAGAAGAUCAACCAUUCCCACCUGAUCAGAGGAUACUACUACUGGGAGGAAGACACAGGCCUGCUGUUCCUGAAGGUAAAGGCCCAUAACGACAGGGAGCAGUUUGCCUUCUGCUCCGCCAAGGGUUGUGAGAGGGUGAAGAUCACAGCCAUCAUCCCUAAAGGCAGUCCGCCCAGCAACUGCAUGGCCCAGGCCUACCCCAGACACGCUGAGCUGCCCGUUGUGGAUGUACCUAUGCCCAGAAAGAUACCUAACGCCAGGCUGCACUCACCAGAGCACUUCUUAGAGGUCAAACUGGAGUCUUACAACACUCGCUUCUUCCACAUCAAAGAGGACUUUGCCUUUACUGAGGUGAAUGGUAAGAAGUUGUACCAAGCAGAGGAUGGGGUGCAGCUGACAGUAAUUGACGGGCAUGAUGGGAAGGUAGUGGAGAGCAAAGGCUUCAGGAACUCAAUCCUGCAGGGCAUCCCGGCACAGAUACACAACUACAUCAGUGGUUUGAGAGAUGGCUCCAUCGUUCUCAUGACGUCUAAGGGCCGUCUGAUUAUAAGAGGAUCCUGGACUAAAGUCCUGGAGAGACUUGGAGCAGACAAAAGCAUCAAAUUGAAAGAUAAAUUGGCAUUUGUGGGGUUCAAGGGCUCCUUCCACCCUGACUGGGUCAAUCUUGAGGUGAACGCUGACCGUGCCAAGAUCCAUCAGGUCCUGCCUGUCCCUGUGGUGCACAAGAUGAAACUAUGAGGGGCAUAACAAGAGAUCCGAGAGACUAUGUAGCCCCCAAAUAGUGAAACACAUAUCCCCCAAAACGUACAGAUGCACCAACACACUCACACACACAUGCACACUGCCAGCACUGAAGAAUCAGCUGCUCCAAGCUAUUGGUCCAGGAUCAUGGGGUGUUUUUUCUUUAGGUUUGGCGACUAGCACUGCCCAUGAUGAACUGUAUCUGUAUAAGACACCCACCAUCAGUAGAGCGCUUCAAAGUGACAACACACGGUAGCCAUAUUGGAAGUCUUCAGCUCUGUAGCAAUAAUGGCUCGGAUCAACCAAUGGGGUUUGAAGAAUCAUGGUUGUUGCUUUACAGACAUUAUAUGAUUUGAGUGACCUGGUUCCAUGUCUGAAAGGACACUGUCACUAACAUUACAAUGUUUACAUAAUGUUAGCUUGCCAACUAAAGUAACCAUAGGAUUUGUGUGGCUAUCUAACUGUAUCAUACAUUGCAAAGCAGCUGCAUAUCUUGGUCUUUCAUCAUUUGCAUUAUGCUUGGCCACCCCACUCCAGCCAAGCGUGAUGCACAAGCUCCAUCCACUUCGAGGGGAUAUAAAAAGGCCCUCCUGAUUGGUUCCCCAGUCAGAUGUAAAAAGGUUUUACGAUAUGUUGUCCAACAAGUAGCAAACUCUGUUACAGAUGAAAGUAGAGGCUCUAACAAUCAUAUGCAGAUAUUUUGUAUUAACAGUAAACAUAUCAGCUGGGAUUGGCUCCAGUUCCCCCGCGACCCUCAAAGGAUAUAGCAUAUGGAUAAUGGAUGGGAUGGAGAAAACAUUGUGAGGAAAACCUCAUACCAUCCACAAAGUUAAGGUCAACUGAUCUGCAAAAUAUUCAGCUACAGUGGUUUUAGUUGGAAAGCUCUCCUAUAUCCAUGUUUGGAAACCAAAGAUUAUAAGGUUAUUUUGUUACCUAAAGGGGAAGAUCAUGGUCAUGAAUGGAUAAUUGAAGGAAUAAAUCAGGCAGAGAGGCACAAGGGGACACAGAUCUCAAGAGCCAGAGCCUCUGAAUCAAGUGGGAGUUACUUACUGAAUAUUACAACAAUAUUUCUUGUUGGAAAUUCAAGCAAACCACCACAACAUGUAAGGCAUUACAAUAGUACUACAACUAUAAAAACGAAUUUGUUGUGUGUAUGAAUAUUUUGAUUGGCCUGCAAAAUGAUUCUGAAAUGCAAAGCUAAAACAAAAGGACUACAAACGGAUUGUUUGUAUGUUUUUCAGUCUUGGCGGAGGAGGAGGCUUUUUGCAUGGCUUUUAAAUACCCAAGGGUCUAAUUGUCUUUCAGUGGUCAGGGUAAAGAUCUUCACUAAUAGCCCUUUGCUAAACAGGUUCCAUCUUUACAUUACAAGAAAUGCAGUUGAAUAAAAAACACCUUAAAGCUGUUUCAGACCGUUCUGGUCAUUUGACAGCAGUGACACCAGUGUAAACAAACAAACUUGAACUAUUAGCCCUCUCUGAUGGUUUAUUUCAUUUCUUCCUGCAUUUUAACAGAGGAAGUCAACAUUUAUUGCUAUUACAAAGACUUGUGUAUGGUUGUACUUCAUAGAAGACUGGGUUGGCCGGUGUCACCUUUACCUAAAUUAUUCGACAAUCCAUUUGACUAUGAUCAAUUCUCUCCUGGUUGUUGAUACUAGUUUGAUACUAAGUUGUAAGAUAGUAUCUCGAUAGUUACUACCGACCAAUUCUUCAGUGGACCUCCACAAUGUCAGCCAUAGUUGCUCGGCAAUUUAUGAUGCAAAUGCAAAGCUAAAUGAAUAUGAGGUAGCAAAUAUCAGUGGAGCCAGCUGAUCAAGCACAUAUAUACCGGACAUGCGUCAGUGAACAUCCCUCUCCUGCAGGUGUGUGACGUGUGACCCAUGUACAAGUUGAGUAGUUUUACCUUUUAGGUUUUCUGUUUAAUAAAAUUCCAAGCUCUUGCUCACUUGAUGUUUACUUUUUUCACUGUUUGUGAUCCAUUUGUCUGUGUUUUUGGAGUAAACCAGCAAGAGGCCCGUUACAAUAUAACAUUGGAAAAAAAAAAAUGGAAUAAUGUAAUGAAUGUUAAAUCAGGGAGUUUAAAAUGUGCAAUUUCCCCUUUCAAAGAAACAAGUUAAUCUUUGUUCCAAUCUGGCAUGAAAAAAGUUCCCCCUACUAUCGCCGAAAUAGCUGGUCUUUUUUCGGAGGUCGUUGCAGUAAUUUAGUGUUUUGUAUGUUUUGUGUGUUUUUAAAAUCCACAGAUUCCUAAGAGAUAUAUUUUAUACUUAUUUAUUGUACAGACACAGUUGAUCCAAAUUUACAUGGGACAUCUUUUGAGUUGUAAUGUUAUUACUGUCCUGUAUGUAUACUAUAUGUAAGAAACAGAGCUCCAUUUAAAAAAAAAUAUCCCAGACACUCAUAGCAUACAUGCAUAUGACUCAUAUGGUAUAGUGGUUUGUUUUAACUGUACAUCAAAUGGAUGUGUUGUAUAUGUGGCUUGGGCUUGUAAAGUGAUGAAACUCUUUGAAUUUCUUUGAUGACUUUUGUACAGAAAUAAAUGAUGAUGAACA